CAAUCAGCCACCGCUACAAAUAAGACUGCCCUCGUGAAUAGCAACGACAAAACUCCCACGCGCGCGCACCUAGAUCUCAUCUCUUGUUCUCUCUCUCGCAUUUCCUCUUGUGCUCUGCUCCGAUGGCGCCGACUGCCCAGGUUUUGACGGUGCCGGGGCAAGACCGCCGCGGCGAUGGCGGUGGCGGGGAAGUGCGCAAGCCGGCGGUGAGGUGCCACCCAGCGCUGUCCUCGGAGGGGAAGGCGUCCAUCAGGGGCGUCGUGGGCCAGCUGCUUGCUGCCACCGGCAAGGACAAGGACCUCGUCUCGCUCGGCGUUGGCGACGCCUCCGUGCAUGCCUGUUUCCGCCGGGGCGGGGAAUUCGCCGCUGACGCCGUUGCCGGCGCCGCCAGGUCGGGGGAGUUCGACUGCUACGCGCCAUCACACGGGUGUCCCGCCGCGCGCCGCGCUGUGGCUGAUCACCUCUCCGCCGGUGCGCGCCACCGCACCCGGGAGUCUGACGUGUUCAUGACAGUCGGUGGCACGGGCGCGAUCACGGCAAUCACAACGGUGCUUGGUGGGGCUCCAGGGGCGAAUAUCCUGCUACCACGGCCAGGUUUCGCGCCCUAUGAGUCGGCCUGUGAGCUUGUCGGUGCCGAACCUCGCUUCUACGACCUCCAGCCCCGGCGCGGUUGGGAAGCUGAUCUUGCAGGCGUGCGUGCUCUGGCUGAUGGUGCCACAGCAGCCAUUGUCAUCAUCAACCCAAACAAUCCGUGCGGCGCGGUCUACUCUGUGCAGCAUCUUAUUCAGAUCGCUGAGACUGCAAGAGAUUUGGGGAUUCCAGUAAUAGCAGAUGAGAUAUAUGCACAUAUGGUCUUCGGUGGCAGCAAGUUCAUUCCCAUGGCCACAUUUGCUCACAUUGCACCGAUCAUCACCAUUGGAGGGAUCUCAAAGAGAUUCAUGGUACCAGGAUGGCGUCUUGGUUGGUUGGCCUUCUGUGAUCCUAAUGGUACACUCAAACAUGUUAGAACUGCGACAGAGAUGCUACUGAAUGUGACUUCAGGACCAGCCUCAAUCAUCCAGGCAGCAGUUCCUAAGAUUCUUACUCAUGAACACAAUGAGUUCCAUCUGAAUGUGGUCAACUUGCUCGAAUCUGCUGCAGAUGCUCUCUACAAAAGAAUUAACCAGAUUGAAGCUCUCCAAUGCUACUCAAAGCCUCACGGUUCAAUGUUCAUGAUGGUUGAAAUCAACACUUCACUUUUAUCAGGCAUUGCAGAUGAUAUGGACUUUGCUCGUGAAUUGAUCAACGAAGAAUCCGUCCUGGUUUUACCUGGUUUUGUCCUUGGGUUGAAGAACUGGGUUAGGAUAUUCUAUGGUGCACCUAUUAAUCAAAUACUGGAAGCCUGCGAUAGGAUUGAGUCAUUCUGCCAGAGAAGGGCAUGUCAAUCAAAGCUAUCAAAAAACAAGUUCUGAAACCAGCACUAGGGUUUUUGUUAGCUCUCUGGCCAUUUAUAAGGCUUUUAGUUUCAUUUCUCAGGAGAUGAAUUUAUGACAAUACACGUGAGAUUUGUAUAUAAAAUCCUAGGAACAAUUAUACUAUAUAGGAGAACAGAAUAAAGUUCGCAACAAAAUUUACAGAUUAAAGGUGAAGCAUUCCUUCUAUUA